AUGAUGCCAUCGACGCGACGCCUGCGCCGACGACGCCGCACGCAGGUCGACGCCGGCGCCGUGCCGACGGGGGCCCCGCCGCGCGCCGUCGCCGCCGCGCUCACGUCGCUUCUGGCCACGCUCGCGGUCCCCGUGUGCGCUCCCGCGUUCCUGCCGCCCUUCGCGGGGACCGACGACGACCGCAUCUCGCAGUGGGCUUUUGACCUGCUCGAGGCGCUCCCGAACGCGCAUUACAACGCCUUCGUCUACGUGUUGGCGUUGCUGCGCGAGGUCCUUGCGAAGUCGUGGCAGACGACGGCGGCGACGCGCCUCGCGUCCGUCGCAAGGGACGCGUUCCUCCCCGACGGCGAGGCCGAGGCCGACGCGCGCGAUCACAUCUUCGCGGCGGUGCGAUUCCUACUGACGAGUAAUCUUUGA